AUGUCAGUUAUUUCUACCAAUUUGAUAUGGAAUACGUCAGGUAAAUGGUAUUACUUUUCAGGACUUUCCGCAGAUUUCGCUUUCGACCAAAGAAAACUGGUAUUGAAUGGCAUGUUCGCCAAUGCCACCCCAACCGUGACCACUGACCCUAACAAACUCGAAGAACAAGCACGUUCCAAGCUCUCAUCUACAUCAUAUAACUAUGUAGCAGGAGGAGCAGGUGAAAGAGCCACUAUGGAUGCAAACAGGCUCGCAUUCAGACAAUGGAAGAUGAUUCCACGAAUGUUACGUCCCACCACUAAGAGGGAUCUCCGUGUCAAUCUCUUUGGUCAGGAAUAUGACAGUCCUAUCUUGAUGGCUCCAGUUGGCGUCCAGAAGAUCUUCCAUGAAGAUAAGGAAACGGGACUCUCGGAAGUUUGUGCUGAGAUUGGUGUACCUUAUAUUCUCAGCACUGCUUCUUCUUCAUCGAUCGAAGAAGUAGCUGAAUCCAAUGGCCCAAACGGCCACCGCUGGUACCAACUAUACUGGCCACAAGACGACGAAAUUACCAUCUCCCUUCUCAAACGUGCCAAAGACUGCGGCUACAAAGUCCUAGUCGUAACCCUUGAUACGUGGGCACUAGCCUGGAGACCCGCCGAUCUCGACGGAGGAUACGUCCCAUUCAUCAAAGGCGUAGGCGAUAAAACCGGAUUCACAGAUCCCGUUUUCCGCCGCAAAUUCCACGAGAAAUACAACGCCACGCCAGAGGAAAAAGUAUUCGAGGCAUCCCAAGAAUGGAUCGGAGAUAUUUUUUCAGGUGCUGCGCAUACUUGGAAUCAAAUCCAGCUCUUGAAGGAUAAUUGGGAUGGACCCAUUGUACUCAAAGGAAUCCAACAUCCAGACGAUGCACUAGAAGCCGUGAAAGCCGGUGUUGACGGUAUAAUCGUCAGUAACCACGGCGGACGUCAACUAGACGGGGCCAUCGGCUCCUUAGAAAUGUUACCCGAAAUCGUGGAAGCCGUAGGUGACAAACUGACGGUGCUAUUCGACAGCGGGAUCCGCACUGGCGUAGAUGUUAUAAAAGCACUCAGUCUCGGUGCCAAAGCGGUAUUGAUAGGAAGACCAGCUAUCUAUGGAUUGGCAGUAGGUGGGAAACAGGGAGCCAAACAGAUCUUGCAGGGGAUAUUGGCGGAUGUGGAUCAGAGUAUGGGAUUGGCGGGUAUUAGGGAUAUUAAGGGGUGUAAUCGUUCGACGAUUAGGAGGGUACAGUAUGGUGGGGAUGUUAUUGCUAAUAAUUAA